AUGGCAUUUGGAGAUUGUGUGUCAGUUGUGGUUGAUAACGUCAUGGAAUCAUGCGGUCAUGAAUUGAUCCCCACAGAAUGUUCUGGCACGUGGGAUUGCUUUACGCAGGCCGCGAGUAGCGCUCUCGACUUCUUCAUUUGCGGAUUCCCGAUUAUUCUCGAUUCAGUAUUGACAAUGUAUGGGGCCAACUGUCUUCCAAACGUCGUAGACGGCAUAAAGGACGCCCUGUUCCCUCCCGAAAUUAUUGUUCAAACUGCAGUUGUGGAGGCAAUCAUGGAUUUCGGUGACGCGGUUUACGAUGGGAUCUAUGAAGCAAGUCUAACGGUGGCGUCGACCCUAGAUUGGUGUUGGGACGACGCUCCCUCUGCCGAGUUCACUGACUGCGACGCCUUCGAAAUGGUAGCAAGUAUUGUUUCGUGGGACGUGACUGACAUUUUCGGGAUGGCGUCCAGAUUCUCGGAUGCCGUGACGGCGGUGAAUGACUGCUUAGGGAAGACUACAAGUCUCCCAGGGAUUGGUGACAUUCCGACCCCCUUCCUGAACGUUGUUUGGCAAGGAGGCGUUCCGUGGUGUGCCCCAACAUACGUAGUAAGUACGGCGAGUGCAGUCGUCGGUGCGUUCCAGUACAUAACAGGAGGACGGAUGCUUGAUGACCUCAUCAUUGUGGGCGAUAGCCUCUUGACUAAACUCCAGCAGAGGCUGGAGGCAGUGUUCUGUGACGGCGGCGACGUCACCAUAAACUUGGGAGCCGAACUCUCGAUGUCGUACUUUGUGCUUGGAAUCACGGUUGCGGCUGGAUGUGAGAAAGGCCAUUUCAACGCUCAUGUAAUCGGCUAUGCCACGGGCAGAAUUCCGAUCCUCUCGACGCCGUUUAAUCCAGUGCCCAUGGUCGAUGGAGUGUUCAGCAUUAAGUGUGACAAGGGGCCGAAUCCUACGAGCUGGUCGUAUUGGGGGUCUGCUCUUGGCGCCAUGCUUUCGCUUGGCCCUUUCAAGGCUGCCGUGUCUCUGCCGCUCUGGCCAGAAUUCAGUCUCCAGCUUGGCUACACUUUCAAGGUGACCCUGAUUCCCCUGACGGUGCGUCGAGCCCAAACAGCAGCCACCGAGCCAGAGCUGGAGGGGCCGAAGUCGGUGCUGCCCGUGCUAAAGUCUCUGUCCAGGGCCGUCUCCGACCCCGGCUUCGGGAGCGAGCUGCCAGACGUCAAGCCUAUCCUGGACGGGGUCCGCAACGGAUCGCUCCAGAGGGCCGAGCUCGACUGGGACCUCGGCGCCAGGAUCUUCAUCACCGUAACCAAGAACUUCUGUUUCACGUGCGACGAUUGGGGGGAGGAGCCUGCUUGGGUCACGGGCCUCGUCGGCAUGGCCACCCCGUACAUAUGCCAAAUGAGUGGGGCGAUGGCGGGAUCCUCCUGGGGUGCGCUGACUCGCGCCCAGUGUUUCGCCGCGGUGGCAGCUUGGGAGCAGAGCGGCAACUCUUGCGAGAUUUUGUAUACCGACGCGCCACACGACGGCAGCUUGGGAACCGCGUGUGCUUGCAUGCCUGACGACGCGAUGACGUCGGGGGUCUGUUCUGAACAGGCUGGAGCCAGGGCCAGUGAGGGGUCGUCCAACUUCCAGGUCUUCCGGAAUCAGAGAUACACCUGUGAGACUGGGAGCGGAAUCGCGUGCAAGAGCUGCGUCUCGCCGCAAUCGCGAUUGGCGCAAGACCAUUGCGAGACCCGCAACGAUGGCUUUCAGCUGGCCGGCUACUCGUGUACGCCGGCCGGUCCGACGCCCAGCCCGACGCCAAGUCCGCCGACGCUUAGCCCGACGACAAGCCCGACGCCCAGCCCGACGUUAAGCCCGACGACGCCCAGCCCGACGCCUAGUCCGCCGACGACAAGCUCGACGCCCAGCCCGACGUUAAGCCAGACGACGGCCAGCCCGACGCCCGGCCCGACGCCCAGCUCGACACCCAGCCCGACGACGCCAUGCCCGACGCCAAUGCCGACGCCCACUGUCAAGCGAGACAUACGGGUCGAGUAUACCUCGGAUGAAACUCUUCCAGCUGGCGUGACUGCGUCAGACCUCGUGGCUUCUACUGUCUAUAAAGCGGCUAAGACAUACGGCUUUCGUAAGGCUCUAUCUAUGCCCAACUCUGUCGACGCUGCCAUUCUUGGGUUCGCCUUGGUUGGUCGUCGGAUUCCCACGGAUGCCCGCCAGCGGUCGAGCGUAACAGUCUCUGUGAAGACCGCAAUCAAGGUGACCGCCCCCGACAUCAGCAUUGCCGCCAUCUUCUCCACCGAGAUUGGUGAAACUUCUACCGCCAUCGCAGCCGAGACUGAGAGUGCAAUGGCUGCUGCUGACUGGAGCAGUGAACCGGUAUGGACUUCGGCCUUACGGUGA